CAAAUUUGAACUUUGUUUUUUUUCCCUAUUUGAACGUUCUUCAUUAGUAUUAAAAACCUACCAAUUAAAGACAAAUGAAUUUGAAAAAAUUCCCAAGUUUCAAAACAGAGCAUUACUCUGCUAACUGAUAAGCAAUUCAUUCUUCAACUUCUUUUCCAUGGAGCCUCAAGAUCGCAUAAACUUCACGGUGAAACAUGAAUCGACGGAUAGUUAUAACAUGGAGGACGGCGAACAAAGCUCGAUCGGUGAUAGAGUAAUCGACAAGGAAGAUCGGCUUGGUGAAUCGACCGGCGGGAGGACAACUACGAUGAAAAAGAGAAAAGAAAGGUCGACAAAAAACGACACCAUCGACGGCAAAAAUCCAUCGUCGUCCGCCGAUUCACAGACCAUACCUAAUCGGCCCCCUCUCGGCCACCCCCCUGGUUUUGGUAAAUUGCAGGUUCUCGCAUCGUUAGGUGGUUAUGCAUGGGACACAUUCAGCCGGGAUUUUACCCCUCACAUUAUUCUCGUUGCACCGGGAGAGAAUAUUGUGAAUAGAAUAUCAAACUUCUCGGUCCCACGGAGUCGAACAGUUUGCAUAAUUUCUGCGGUUGGUUUAGUUUCCUCUAUUAUUAUCCAUGAUCCUAAUUCUGUUGCCUCAACAUUGAAAUUCGAGGGUACGUUUGAGAUAUUACAACUGUCAGGAUGGUCACAUGAAGGAGAUGAUAUAAGAUUGAUGACCAUUUCAUUUUCUAAACUUGACGGCCGCAACCAAGUCUUUGGUGGUGCCGUUGCCUCUUCACUCAUAGCAGCCACUCCGGUUCAGAUAAUCAUGGGAAGUUUCAUCCAGAAAGUGUGGGAGAAACAAAUAAAGGAAGAAAGAAAGAAAAAGCAAAAAUCGGAAUGGAGUUGAAGUUUGUCUAUAGAAAAAUCGAAGGGUGAGACGAAAGUACAGGAAAAAAUGACAUGCAGAAGAAGAGGGAAGAGCAUUUACUUUACGUAAAUGGUAAGAAAACUUUAAGCAAAUUCCCUUUUUCUUUUUUCUUUUUAUAUUAUUAAUAUUAUUAUAGUCAAUCCAACAAAAAACUAUAAAAUCAGCCAAAAAAGAGAGAGAGAGAGAAAAUCCAAUUAAAAAGGCAUGAAAAGCGGUGAAGAAUUGUCAUAUUUUGACCUCAAGAAUAAACGACGUAGGAAGUGUUAUUGAUUGAAAUCUUUUGUAUUUUUGUGCCUAUCAAAAAUUGCGCCGAGACCGAAGAGAAAAAUGAAUAUCCAAUUUUAAUUUGGAUUAUGUUGGACUUUUGCCAAACCAACCUUAACCAAAUUUAAAUUAUACUAAAAUAAAUCUAAAUAUUUAGAUGCAUUUUGAACAUCAAAUUGUUCAAUUAGUGACAAAUUUAGUAUUUUUAACUUUUUUUUUUCAUUUAAGAUAAUUACCCUUUAAAAGAAGGACAAGAAAAAAAAAGAGAGUUAAAAAAGACAAAAUUAAAAGAAGAAGAAGAAUAAAUGGGGUUUGGUUAAGAAUUAGAAUGGCAGAAUUUAAAAGAGGGUAAGAAACAAACAACUCCUCCUUCUUUCUUUUCUUUAACCAAAAAAGAGAGAAUAAAAGAAGAAGAAGGAAAAAGGAUGAUUUUGGAAUAUGCUGAUUUGUGUUGUAGUUUUCUUUCCAUUUCUAUUUCUACCCCCUCAUUUAUUUUGUACUAUUGUUCCUUAAUUUAUUACAUGCACACAACAUAAAUUAACAAACCAAAACUGACAAAGAGAUGACUAGGGAAAUUUAAAUAAAUAUCUUACAAUAUAAACUCCAUCUUGGGGAUUUUUUCCUUAGCAGAAAAAAAAUAAUGACAAUAAUGUAGGGCCCUAAGUGACCUCAAAAUGGUGGCAUAGAUCAAUAUUCUUUUUUAAUUAGCAGCCCAUAAGUUAUUUUUCUAAUAUGAUGACAACCCCAUCUAGCCAUCCAUCCAAAUCCAAUAGGCUAAUUGACUAACGCCAAUGGUCUCUAAAGUCCAACUCCCUUCCUUUACCCUUACCGAUUGAAUUUGUAAUUUACGUCUAACAUUCAUCUCAGUAACAAAACCUCAGUUCAUCAAACUCAAAACAUGUUAUAAUUCGUCCACUCUCUCUCUCUCUCUCUGUGGCCUCACAUGAGUUGUAAUAGAAGACAGAAAAUGAGUUAGGGGAUCACUAUCAAAAAUGUCCUCUUAUGAUCAAAUGCAAUUAUUUUUAUUUCUU